UUUCUUUAAUUGCAGCAAUAAUUAUUUAUACGGAUGUAGUGUAUCCAACUGCCGAUUUUCAGGAGACACUGACAUCUCAUCUGCAGAUGCCGUAGUGAUAUACAUAUCGAUGGGAUCAAUACCCCAAUUCGUGAGGAGGAAUCCACAUCAGUUAUGGAUAUUUUGGAUAGAUGAGUCUCCAAUAUACAAAUUUUCUCGUUCAUUAACUCGGCCCAGUUACAAGGAUUUGUCCAAUAUUUUUAAUUGGGCUAUGACAUACAGCCCAUACAGAAUCUGAUAUACCGAUCCCCUAUGGACGCACUUUACCUCUAACACAUCCGAAGACUCACUAUUUAAGAUUGGCACACAAUGAUCACAAUCUAACAAUGAAGAUAUUGGAAGAACUGGUCCCCUUCUGGAAGGACAAACGAAGCAGUGUCUUGGCUGCUAUUCUGACGUCUCACUGCGUGGCGGCACGCAUGCGGUUCUUGAUGAAUCUGAAGAAGCAUAUGAAAAUUGACAUUUAUGGACGUUGUGCAGAUGAUCCUUACCAGGUGUCCCGGAUAUACUCACACAGAUUGCAAAAUCUUAUCAAGAUACUUAUUCUACUUGGUAAUAGAAAACUCAAGCUGUCGACAGUAUAUUACAGAAAAAGGUUUUCAUUAUGCCUACGGCAAAGGCGCAAUACCAGUGACUGGGUGACAUCUAAUUUGGGAACGUAUUUAUUUAAAAAUGGAAUUCAGCUUAAUAAUACAGCGUGGAACCAAAGCUUACAUCGAGUCUAUGAUGUACUCAUAUGGAAGCAUUGGAAAUGGUUAAGGCGUAGACAUCUUGGCGGAUUUAUUGAACAUGACAGUAACCCUUUAUACGGAUGUAGUGUAUCCAACUGCCGAUUUUCAGGAGACACUGACAUCUCAUCUGCAGAUGCUGUAGUAAUACACAUACAGAAAGGUUUAUUACCCGAAGUCGUAAGGAAACCACAUCAGAUAUGGAUAUUUUGGGUAGACGAGUCUCCAAAACACACUUUUUCUUUAUCAACAAACCCGCCGAGUUACGUGGAGUUGUCUAAUAUUUUUAAUUGGAUUAUGACGUACAGGACAGAUGCGGAUAUACCGAUACCUUAUGGACGCACUGUAGCUUUGUUACAUCCGAAAACACACUAUUUAAGAUUAGAUAACAAUGAUCACAAUUUAACUAAUAAGAUAUUGGAAGAACUGGUCCCUUUCUGGAAGGACAAACAAAGGAAUGUCUUGGCUGCUAUUCUGACUUCCAACUGUAUUAAGGAUCGCAUGCUGUUCUUGACGGAUCUGAAGAAACAUAUGAAAAUCGACAUUUAUGGACGUUGUGCAGAUGAAGUUUCCCAGAGAGACGUGUGCCCGGGACAUUACCACGACGAGUGCAAAAUCUUAUCAAGAUACAUGUUUUACUUAGUAAUAGAGAACUCUAAAUGUCGUCAAUACAUUACGGAAAAGAGUUUCCAUCACGCCUACGGCAAAGGCGCGAUACCGGUUUUCGUUGGUCCGUUUUUAGAAGAUUGCAUAAUGUUAUUGCCGCCAAAUUCUUUUCUACAUAUAGACGAUUUUAUGACGCCCGAACAUUUAGCAGAGGAAAUCGUUGCUAUUAGCAGAAACGUUACUAAAUUGCUUUCUUAUCAUGCUUGGAGGAAUCAUUUUAAGGUCAUCAACGAGCAUGGGUACUUUGGGACCAUGUCCACGCAAAUGUGCAGAAUAUGUGAGGCUCUGAACUAUAACGAGAAAACGCAAAAACUUUACGGCGCAUCGGACAUCCGCAGAUUCUUGGAUCCUGAAAUACAUUGCGAUUGAAAGACAUGA